UUCUCCUACGGAAGAAAAGCAAAACGGGGAACUCGCAGAGCAGAUUCCCUCUCUGUACACCUUUGGGUUUCAUGUUUGAUCAUUUGAUUUCUAAAAAUCUAGCUGGGAAUAAUGUUUUUCCAUUUUAUUCUUCUGGUUGCCUCCUCAGUAACUUUUCUGUGGACCCACCAUGUGUCCAGCUGUGAUUCUAGCUGCACAGAGUUUCCUGUGUUCACUCCAUCUGCACUGGUAGUGAAGUACGGUGACCCAGCCAGUGUUACAUGUGAUGUAUGUCAGAAGGACUGCAGUGGAGAUGUUUUUGGUUUGGAGCACGCUGUGGGAAAAGUUACACAAAAUGGAACCACGAUGUUGUGGACGGUCGACAGACUGACUGAAUGGGGCAUAUCUGUCAUGUGCUAUUAUAACGCUGAUGCUGGUGAUCAGUGCUGCAGCGCUCUGGAUAUAACCAUCUAUCAGCCUCCAGAAAGUGUCUCCAUCAGCUUUGUAAACCACACUGGGAUGAUGUUUGAGAAUCAGCUGUACACCCUGCAGUGUAGCGUACAGAACGUAGCUCCUGUUCAGAGCCUCAUUGUGACCUUCUACAGAGGAAACACAGCACUGGGUCACCUACAGUCCAACCACAGUGAAGAGAAGAAACCAGUGAAUGAGACCUUCACUCUGAACAUCACUCCCAGUAGAGAAGGUGAUGGAGCCCAGUACUGGUGUGAAGCCAAGCUGGAGCUGGGACCAGCUGGACCACAGCGCCCUCCAGUGGUGACAUCAGAAAAACUCCCUGCUAUAGUUCACUAUGGGCCUGAGCUAAAGGAGCCACCAAAUCCAGAUGUGAUCACAAUCACAGAAGGAGACACUCUACACCUGAACUGCUCCUCUGUGGGAAACCCCAGCCCCUCAUACACCUGGACACUUCCAACAAAUAGUCCUUCCUACAGUGGCAGCGUUCUCACUAUUAAAUCUGUCGGCUUUGAGCAUGAAGGACAGUAUAUCUGCACUGUGAGCAACACAGUAGGGACUGUCACCAAGGAGUUUAACAUUGAUGUACAAGUCAACUCCAUCCCAUAUAUAAUAGCUGGGACAAUACUGGGAGCUCUGGUCCUUGUCGGACUGUCAGUGGGAUGCUACUGCAAACACAACUGAAUGGGAAACUACAAACUCAACAAAAUUAUUGUUAGUAACAGCUG